AAUUUAUAAACACAAAAAAUCAUUAGAAUGUCGAAAUAACAAGCCUCGGUAGCUCAAAAACUCUAAUUUGGUGAUUAUGAGAAAGUCAAAUUUACGUUUAGUGGGUUAGACAAAUAUAUUGUUAUGGUAAAUUUAAAAUUUUAAAAGGCAAGGAAUUAAAUACAAAAAUUGCUUUGGAAGAUUUAAAGUUUACAUUCGCAAAUAUUUUAAAGACAGACUUUUUUGCUAAAAGACUUGAAUAUCAAGUUGUGAAAGGAUUUAAUUCUACUACAUUAACAUCUUAAAAAUCUUUAUCCCAAUAAGAUAUUCCAAUUGACUAUAAAGGUACAGGUCCAGGUUAAUAACUUAAUAUACAAGUUAAAUUUACCGAAGAAGGAGCAUGAUCACCC